AAUAGAAGGAAAGUAGCCAUAAGUGCGUGCGUAUUGUAUCGACUGCUCAUAGGCGCGACCCUCGAGUCGAUCGAUUCUGGACGAUGAUCACUUUCCAUUCCACUAUCUCGGUCCAAAGUCCAGCUUCAAGCUCACUUUAGCAUUUCAAGCGGAGGCGAGACGAUGUCACAUUCGGACUGGCGAUCCAGCGCGUCCGAGGGCUCGGAGUACACAUUCUUGCACUUCCACCAGGACACACAGGCAGCAGCAGCCUAUCAACAGACACAGGCACCGUACACGGCCGCAAACAUGCACCCAGCGUUGUGUAGCACCAUUAACCAGGCUCUUAGCGACGAGGAGAUUCUAGACGAGAUCUUCCAGGAGAUCAUGUCCCCCAGUCCGCAGGAUCAGGAGGUUCAGGACAACGACCUCAAGGGCUUCGACAUGACCAGCACCCUUUUCAACCCCGUGAUCACACCCACUUCACUUGCUUCAGCCCCUUCAACACCUCAGCUUACCAGUACUCUACGUCGAGGCAGCAUUCCGUCCGCGUCGCUCGGAUCCAUCUCGCCCAACAUGGCGGCUGCUCUUCGUGUACCAACGUUCCCCAUGAACACAGGCGUAGCACGCAACACAGCCUUCUUCCCCAUGUUAAACGACCCGAAAGUUCGCGUUAACACUGCGUUUGGCGUACACCACGCCUCCAUGCUCUUCACGUCACCGACGGCCGGUCGUCGAGGCUAUCGACGCACCAACCGCCCCACGCGGAUGCAAAAGAAGAAACCAGCCUCACGUAUCUGCCGCAUGCCUGGCUGUACCAAGGGCAUCCGCUCGCGUGGCCUGUGCAAGGCUCACGGUGGAGGCCGGCGGUGUACGACACCCGGCUGCGAGAUCAGCGACCAGGGCGGAGGUCACUGCAUCGCUCACGGCGGCGGCCGUCGCUGCUCAGUCGCAGGCUGCCAGAAAUCGGCUCAAUCUAAGGGACUAUGCAAGUUGCACGGCGGCGCUCGGUUGUGCCGACUGCCGGACUGCAACAAGAACGGCCAGAUCAAGGGCCUCUGUCGGCUGCAUUACAGUCUGACCAUGGCGUCUAAGAACUCGGCUGCGGUUGCUGUCCCAGCAGCGCCAGUGGUGAUGAAGCUCGAGUCCCAGAGCAGACACAGCCCGUGCGAUACAUUCGAGCUGCGAGUCUAAGUGUUCUCAGCCAUGCUAUGCAGCAUACCCCCACGUAGUUAGUAGAAAUUCCACCACAUACAGAUCCACUGAACAUAGUGUAAAUACCCACACAAACUCAAAACUAAAUACAAACUAUAGAUCCCAAAAGUAAUACUCGAGAAUACUUCAGUUUAGU